AUGGACACUCCCGACGUUGCUCCUUCCCAGCCAAAUGAAACUAACCUUCCCGACCAAGCAAGUGUUGCAGAACAACAAGCCAACGCCAACAACCAUGGGACCAAUAUAGCGGAGCUUGUUGGAUUUGUCAUUGGUUUCCUUUCUACUGCUAGCAAUGAAGUUCUGCUCGGCGUCUUUGCUGGCUUGGUGAGCGCAACAUAUAUUCUCCUGGGAAGACUUGGCCUGCUCCUGAUUGGGGUAGCCAGUGGCAUCGCCCUACAUGCGUCAUGGGAGGGGACGAGCACUCAUUCCUCAAAAAAUGAACUGCAUUGCCGACUUCUUAAGAGGAGAAGAGAAAUGGGAUUGGAUAUAGCUCAUAGGUUACUGGAUUGGUCCAAACGCAAUACCACAAGAAUUAAAUCAAACGAUAACCUCCAGGAGCUUUCAAAUGAUGUGGUUGAAAUAGAACCGGACUACACUUCUUUCCGUCCAAAGACAGCUGCCGCGUUGGAAUCACUGACCGACGCGGUGAUCAAGGACUAUGUCAAGUAA